AUGGCUGAUCGAAUGCGCUGUUUACUCCUAGUGCUGCUGCUUACCACGUUGCUGACUCUGGUCAGAGCUGGAAAUAACAGCUCCGAUAGCCGCGCCCUCAGCUAUGUCCGUGAGAAACCGAAGCACCUGCCGCACUUGCUGCAGCGGCAAAAGCGCUGGCUUAUCUUUGAGCCAGGCACCGUCGUCGCAGCUGUGUUGGACACUAUCCCCAGAGGCUUGCUGCUUCUGGGCGAGAUGACUUCGUUUUAUGCAAUGCCUGGAUCGGUUGAUGACAUAUUCCCAAGACGCAGACGAAAGCCAAAGCCAGUACCAUCUCCACCACCAUCACCACCAUCACCACCACCACCACCACCACCAACACCAACACCACCACCACCACCACCACCACCUACUCCAGCACAAGCUGUAGCACCUGUAGUGCCUGCAGCAGCAGUUCCAGCCGCACCUUUGUUGUACUCUCAGCAACCGGUGAUUGUACCCUUAAGUCCAGCCGAUCCCAUACACUCGUUUUACUACGCAUUUCCGCAAGUGUCACCAGUUGUAGGACACCGCAAAUCCUAUGUGCAGCAGAAAUCCAGCGGCUGUCCUGCAUCCAAGCUGGUGAAGGACGCGUAUGGCAACUAUUACUGCCGUCCUUCUGCAGUGGUCCGGCGUCUGGGUCGCGAGCUUAAGAGAAACGGUGCCAACCUCGUGAACGAGGGCCAGAGUCCGCAAGGAAUGCUCUUUGAUUUGCUGAUAAUGCUGUCCGAGCUCCACCAGUAUAAGCCGCGCUACUGCAUCAUGCGCACACUAUGCGAGUCCCGUCAUCUGCUGGUGCCACCUGGUCAGUCGCUGUUCCACGAUAUCUUCCGCAUUCUGCUGCGCUACGUGCACCCGGAGAUUGCCCAUAAGCCUGCAUAUCGCAAGGCCUUUACCGCUGGCCACUCCCUGCACGAGUGCGCCCAGUGGUAUGGGGCGUACUGUCCUCAGAGCUUCUUACUACAUUUCAGCGAACAAUUUCGGGGUGAAUUUGGAAAUGCAUUUAACAAAUAAAGCUAUAAAACAUAAUCAAAUAAAAUAUGUAUCCGAUCUUUAGUUAAUCUGUAAU